AAGAGUAACUUCUAAAAACUUUUUGCACACAAUACUAAGCUUUGUGGUUAGAUGGAUGUUAAAUAUGUAUAGUCAAGAGAAUUAUCAGGUUUAAGUGCACUGUUUUUUUAUACUCACACACAUCUUUUGUGAGUGAGUGGAGAGUUGAGAAAACAACUUAUGAACUUUCAUUGCUUAGUUCAAUUGGUUAGUUGCUAUUUAGAAGGUCACUACUCAUUUGGAGGAAUGGUUGAAUGAUUAGCUGAAAACAACUUAUGAACUUUCAUUGCUUAGUUGAAUUGAGGAGAGCAUUCAAUAUGUAUACAAGUUUGAAUGAUAUAGUCACCAAUCUCAAAGCUCUUGGUAAAGUCUAUCCUCCUCAAGAAGUGGUGAGGAAGGUUCUUAAAAGCUUGCCCAAGAAUUGGGAAGCUAAGAAGACCGCAAUUGAAGAGUCAAAAGAUCUCAACACUCUCAAGCUUAAAGAUCGCAUUGGAAAAUUGAUGACAUACGAGAUAGAAGUCCAAGUUGAUGGUGGAGUUGUAGUAGUUGAGAAGAAGAAGAAGGAUGUUGCAUUCAAGGCUAGCAACCAAAAGGACAAGAGUGACGAUGAUGCUAGUGAUGGUGAAAACAUCUCCGCCUUGAUCUCUAGAGAAGUAAGGAGAUUCAUGAAGAAGAACAUCAAGAGUAAGCUUGCAAAAAGAGAUGAAGGAGAGUCUACCAAAAAGAGUGUGAAGUGCUAUGAAUGCAACAAGAUGGGGCACUAUAGAAAUGAAUGUCCUAAAUUGAAGAAGGGUGAAAAGAAAGGCAAGAAGAGCAUGAAGAAGAAAGCCUUUACCACCACUUGGAGUGACGAUGAGACUAGCUCAACAGAAAGUGAAAGCUCCUUGGAGAAAGGUGUUGCAAGUCUUUGCUUCAUGGCUCAAGAGGAUAGCAACAAUGAUGAGGAGGUGUGCCUUGUAAGCAAAAUAAAGAACAAAUGGUAUUUAGAUAGUGGAUGCUCAAGGCACAUGACGGGUGAUCCUCCACAAUUCUCAUCACUCAUGCCCUUGGAUGGUGGAACCGUGACCUUUAGUGACAAUGGGAAAGGACUUGUGAAAGGAAUUGUGUAUGUGAUGCAUGCAUGAAUGAUAAUAAUCUUAUCCUAUUUGAAAUUGGAAUCCUAAAAUUAAUCUAGUCUUUACACAUCUUCCCUCUUUUAAGGCUAGAUUCAUACCUUUAAAAUAUCAGGACUCCCAAUUUGAAUCGACUUCGAAAAUCUUCUACGACUCUUGAUAAGGGCUUCAAAUUCGAAAAUCUCUUCUUGUGUUGUUGUGAUCUAUCCAAACUUUGAAUGGAUUUAGAGAUAAAUCAAGAAGAAUUUUCUGA